GCUGAUUGAGGUCGACUAUCUGUAAUCCUGAAAUUGUUAUUGAAAUUGGAGCUGAGGAUGCUACAGAGGGCGUGAGAGUCGUAGAUGCCCGAGUUUAUUGCAAUCUUUUGUUGUGCAGUAACCUAGAAUUCGCAGUCUUUUGGACUUAGGGUUUUGGGUUAUUGUUGAGUUGGUAGUGAUUGCAGUGCUGAGGCAGUGCGAGUGAUUUGGAAGUAGAUUGUUGUCACGAUGGGGAAAAAGGGUAAGGGACGCAAGAGAAGGGAAGCCAACUUCAAAGCGUCGCAUCCCGAUGCGAUGCCUCGUCUUGCCCCGCCUCCUGAUUUAAAGGAUAUUAACGCGGUUCCUGCGAAACUGAGGAAAAUUAUGCAGUUCAAAGAAAUCGGGAAUCUGGUCAACAAACAUUCUGGAGCUACUAUCGGUCACAGCAAGAAUCAAGGAAAGGAUUUUAAAGACUCUAAAGAGAAGAAAGUAGGAGCACCAGGAACAAAAGUUGAUGAUAAAAAAGCAGCACCAGCAUCAAACAAUCCUACACAAGGAACAGUAAAUGGAGAAGCAGCCGAGGAAACCCCCAAACCUUUGAGUAAGAGAAAGCGAGAACACGAGGAGCUACUACAGCUUGCUGAGAAGAUCAAAGCUCCCUCAGCUCGAGCAGGAAUAAGUGAGAAGAGGAAAAAAUACUUAGAAGAAAAAAAGAAGAAGAAGCUAAAGAAUUCGGAUGUUCAGGCCCUGCUCAACCAACCUAAACGUGACCACGUUAAGUUUGGGGAUAUAGUGCAGGCACCUCCAGAGCUAUCCUUUCCUGAAAGGAACAAGAACAAGAUUCUAACAAAAGAACCUAAAGCAGCAUCAGUCGAGCGAAUGAGGUUAGAAGUUAUAGAAGCUUAUCGACAACGGAAAGGAACAAAAUCAGGGCUUGGGAGAGGGCUUCCUGUGCUGGUGCCAAAUGCUGAUGAAAAAGAUUAAUAAAGAUUUGAUUGUUCUCUCAUUCA